AUGCAGCAGAAAGUACUUAGCUCUCUCAACAGUCUUCAAGGAAUAGACAACCUUAAGAGAAAAGAGGCAGAAAAGUAUAUUAUUGAGGAAUCCAACCGAAACUUUUCUAGCCUCAUUGGGGAACUUUUAAACAUUCUGACAGACCCUUCUGUGGGCACGAUAAGCAAUACAGUGACGGCUGGAGUUGUGCUGAGAACGCUUUUUUCAUGGGAGUCCGAGGAGAAGCGAGAAGAAGUGGGCAGAAGGUGGUCUGUUCUCACGGAGGAGGAAAAGGUCUUUUUAAAGAAGAAGAUGAUACACGGGCUAGAUCUGUGCACAGGGCACGUUGGGGAAGUUCUUGGGCAGUGUCUUGGGGCUGUGGCUAGGUUUGAGGUUGUCAGCAAAAGAUGGCCGAGCGUGUUUUCAGACUUGGCAGAGGUGUUUAUGGGGUCCAAGACAAACACCGCCAAGAUAAACGUGAUGGAAACUAUUGGGGUUCUGUGCAUGGACACUUCGGGCAUGGACGCGAACAUGAUAGUGCACUCCUCGGGGCACAUUCUGACAGUUCUCGUAGACGGGGCAAGGUCGCAGGAUGCGGAGAUGCAGAAAAGUGCGCUCAAGAACCUGGACAGGUGCCUGGAGUUUAUUUCAUACAACGUCCAGAUCGAGAACGAGUGCAUGAUUGUGAUGGAGACCCUUUUUAACGCGUGCGCAUCAGAAAACGAAGCCGUUGCGUGCCUGGCCAUGCAGUGCUACACAGGGACUCUGUUUAUGUACUAUAGCCACGUGGUGAAAUAUGUUGGGCUUGCUUUUGGAAACAUUGCCCUGGAGUUCAUGCACUCGGAAAGCGAAAAGAAGGUGCUGGCCGCAAUAGAGAUGUGGCACGCCAUAACACAGCAGGAAAUGGAAGGAGAGGGCGAGAUCAUUGGAAAGAUGUUCCCCGCGCUGGCGGGGCAGUGUCUGAUUCUCUGCAUGAACAAAGACCUGGAGCAGUUUGACGAGUGGGUGCCGCACAAGGCGGCUGCGUGGCUGCUUGAGUCCAUCGCGCAGUGCGUCCCCGAGAAAGUCAGCGGAAAGAUCGUGAGCAAGCUGUUCAACAGCCCGGUCAGCAUGGCCACAGCGUUGGAGAGCUUUUUUGGGUGCAACGACAUGGUUAAGCUCGAGGCUGCGAUGAUCGCGUUGGGAUCGGUCCUUAAUGAAGCCACUGUCAACUCGCUGAGCACGCUUAUAAAGAGAGAGGUGGUUCUGAUAGACCAGCUGCUUGGUGCAAACAACCAGGUGGUGCAGGACUCCGCGAUGUGGGUGCUUGAGAAAAUAUUCAAAUUCGCAUACCCGGCGGUGGAGCAGAGCCAGCUCGAAAACGACAUAAUAAGAAAGAUCAUGAAGUUCCUGUCUUUGCGCACGGAGGCUUCAGUGACAGCAGCGUGGACACUCGCGGGAAUAGCGAGCACAGCCCGGACGUCCAGAGUCGAGUCGACCAGAGAGCAUACAGUGUGCGCACACUUUACUCUGAUCCUGGAGACGCUUACGAGCACGUUCAAUACUCUGCAGGAAAACGAGUACACGCUGAAGGUGGCCUUGUCCAUGGCAAUCAGCGAGGUGGUCAGGGCGGCGCCGCAGAGGAACUACGGGGGCGUGUUUUCUCUCCUGUCGGAGAUCAUCAGCAGAACAAGGUCGGAGCUGGCAAACUCAACAGCAAACGAGGAAACGCUUUCGUGUUACAUGAAUAUGAUCCAGUCCUGUAUAUACACGUGCCUGCCCGACCAGAUACUGCAGGCUUCCUCCGAUAUUGUUCAGGUCUGCAUAUUCAUCAUACACAGAGGGCAUUUGAUAUCUCUGUACACAGAGGCGUACCUUACGCUGGGGGCGCUUGCAGACAAGCUUGGAAUUGACUUUGGAAUGUUUGCAGAGGAUGCGGUGUGCCUUAUAGUCAGAGACUUGACGACGUUCUGCGCGAAGGAGGAGGCAGAAGAGGGGGCUGCAAUAUUUGCAACCAGCCUUAUCGUGUGUAUAGGCUCAAUUGCAGCAGCGAUUCAGCUGGGAUUCACAGCGUACAUAGACACGGUCAUGCCGCUGCUUGUGCAGGCGGUUCGGUCUCCAAGCCUGCCGAGAGAGGCAAAGGCCACAGCUGUGUCGACAUUUGCAGAUAUAUCGCUGGCGGUUGGUAUGGUUUUCGACAGGUACAUGAAGCCGAUAAUGGCGAUUUCCAGCAGCAUCAUCAAACUGAAGGACGAAGGAGGCGAUAGCGGGUUUAUUCUUACCCUUCGGGAGUCGCUGCUUGUUUUGCUCUCGUGCAUUGUGCAGUCUUCGGACGGAAAGAGUGAGCAGGUGGCGCAGGAGAUGGGAAAUAUUAUGGAGAUUGUAAAAACCAUUGCCACAGAAACAAAUGACUCAGCAUGCGUGAUCAAGUCUCUGUAUCUGAUAUCUGAUGCGUGGCUUCUCUACGGAACAGGAGAAAAUCCGGAGGUUAUGGCCGUUCUGGAGAGCUCCUGGAUCUUCCAGUUUAUUGGAGCAAAAGUGCACUCGGAAGUGCGGGAGGUGCGCGAUGCGGCAACUGCCACACGGCUCCAAAUAAGCUAUGUUGACAAAAAUUAG